AUGACCCAGCACCGCGCAAACCAGGCCAGCGCCGCGCAUAUCAGGGCAGCGCCGCGCAUAUCUGGACAGCGCCGCGCAUAUCUGGACAGCGCCGCGCAUAUCUGGACAUUCCCGCCUGGUCCGCACUCUCACAUUCCCGCCUGUCCCGCACUCUCGCUCACCCCCCUGCACUCACACAUUCCCUCGUGUCCAGCACUCUCCCAUUCCCACGGGCCCAGCACCCUAACAUUCCCUCCUAUCCCGCACUCUCACAUCCCCUCCUCGCCCGCACUCUCUCAUUCCCUCCUAUCCCGCACUCUCUCAUCCCCUCCUCUCCCGCACUCUCUCGUUCCCCCCUAUCCCGCACUCUCUCAUCCCCUCCUCUCCCGCACUCUCUCAUUCCCUCCUAUCCCGCACUCUCUCAUUCCCUCCUAUCCCGCACUCCCUCAUUCCCUCCUAUCCCGCACUCUCUCAUUCCCUCCUAUCCCGCACUCCCUCAUUCCCUCCUAUCCCGCACUCUCUCAUUCCCUCCUAUUCCGCCCUCCCUCAUUCAGGCCUGUCCCGCACUCUCGCAUACCCCUUCCUGGCCCACUCACAUACCCCCUCACCCGCACUCACACAUUCCCCCCUGUUCCGCACUCUCACAGUCCAGCCUGGACCGCACCGCACUCUCGCAUUCCCCCCUCUUCCGCACUCUCACAUACCCCCCUGUUCCGCACUCCCACCCUCCUUCCUGUUCGCACUCUCACACUCCCUUUCCCCACCCCCCACCCCUUUACCUCCUUUUAUGCCCCCUUGUGA